AUGACGACAGAAUCACUUUCUGGUCUUGUUGAACAGCUUAGUAAAGAAAUGAAAGAUUGUAUGAAAGAAAUAGUCCCAAGAGUUCUCUUGGUCGAGACAAACACAGAUAGUAGCACGGCCAAUAAUGUCCCUAUACAUAUACGUGAAUACGUGGAUGUUGACGAAGAGGAAAGAAAAGAAUUGAACGCUGUUAGAAUACGAACUAGUAGUUUCCUACAAACCGCUAGAAAGAUGCAAGUGGCUCUUGAGGAAAUAAUAAUAUCCAAAAGAGAUAAGAGUGAAGAAGAGACUUUGAAACAGGAGAUUGCAUGUCUGCAGCAAGAUACCGAGAAGAAAAAGGCAACCAUUCAGAAAUACACAACGCUAAUGCUCCAAUGGUCAGCCGAAUUCGCUCAGCUAGAAGAGGAGACCACAGCACCACUAUAA